UCACCACGACACAGAAUGACGGAGCACGAGGACUUCGCAAGCUUGGCUGGGUACUGGAACUCCUCCGACAGUUACCAGUUCAGCCCUGCCAGUAUCAUUGUCCCUGUGGUCUUCUCCCUCAUCUUCCUCCUGGGCACAGUGGGCAAUAGCCUGGUGCUGGCAGUACUACUGCGCAACGGGCAAAUGGGCCACAACACUACCAACAUCUUCAUCCUCAACCUCAGCCUGGCUGACUUCUUCUUCAUUGUCUUCUGCGUGCCUUUCCAGGCCACCAUCUACUCCCUUGAGGGCUGGGUCUUCGGCUCCUUCAUCUGCAAGGCUGUCCACUUCUUCAUCUACCUCACCAUGUAUGCUAGCAGCUUUACUCUGGCUGCCGUCUCUGUGGACAGGUACCUGGCCAUUCGCUAUCCACUGCGCUCCCGGGAGCUGCGGACUCCCCACAACACGGUGGCUGCCAUAGCUGUGAUCUGGGGCCUCUCCAUGGUCUUUGCUGGGCCCUACCUAAGCUACUAUGACCUGCUUGAGUGGGAGUCCCGCUACAUCUGCAUGCCUGGCUGGGAGGAGUGGAGACGCAAGGUCAUGGACACCAGCACAUUUGCCUUCAGCUAUGUCAUCCCAGUGCUGGUCAUCAGCCUCUCCUACACCAGGACCAUCAAGUACCUGUGGACAGCAGUGGACCCCCUGGAGGACAUAUCAGAGUCCAGGAAGGCCAAGCGGAAGGUAACCAAGAUGAUCAUAAUUGUAACCAUCCUUUUCUGCCUCUGCUGGCUGCCCUACCAUGUAGUCAUCCUCCGAUACCUCUAUGGAGACUUCCCCUUCAACCAGGCCACCUAUGCCUUCCGCCUACUUUCCCACUGCAUGGCCUAUGCCAACUCCUGCCUCAACCCCAUCGUCUACGCCCUGGUCUCCAAGCACUUCCGCAAGGGCUUCAAAAAAGUUUUCAGCUGUCUCUUGAGGAAAAACCACCGCAACAAGGUGCAUGUGGUGCACGCUGCCCGCAUUGUGCCUGGAUUUGAGGCAGGAUCCACUGAAGUGUCCCAAAUGCACGAGGAAAAUAAUAGGUGUGAGCUGAACCCAGCCCCCAUGGCAGUCCCCUCCAGUUCCUCCAAGCACUUUCGUAUUUCCUAG